AUGGGCCUCCCAGUCUGGCGCGCGCCCUCCCCGGAAGACUCCAAGGAUGCAAUCAAGGUCGACCUCACCGCAUCGUCGCGCUCCACCAUCCGCCGUCGUGGCCAGCGCUCGCCCGUCGUGCCUCGUCGCGCGCGCAGAUCUGCGAAUCCCCACGCUGCACCAGCCACCGCGCCCUACACGCGAUCACCGCGCCGUGGCGAGUUCGGCUUCCGCAUCGCUCCCGACUUCGACUUGAACUCGCUUGGCCAGAGCAGCAGCGCCCGCCGCGACCGCGACCUGGCGCCGCUGCCUCCCGUGCCCGAGUCGAGGAACUAUACCCGCGAUGCACGCGAGCGCGCCGAGGGCAACAGGGCCAGGAAUGCGCGCGACUACCACGGUUACCACGACCACUCUAACCACUACUUCGGUCUGAGCGAGGAACGCGACUCUCUGCCGUCUCCGUACAGACAGCGCGAUGGGCUGCCAGCGUACACUCCCAACUUCGCACCGGCCGCCUACAACCCGUCUCACAGCUUCACGGCGCUUCCUCCUCUGCGUCCAUCGCGGACUCCGCCUACGCGAGCCGAGUCUCGCAGUCGCCAUGAGCUCGUUGUCAUCGACUCCGACGAGGAGGGCAGCGAAGGCAGCCCGGUUGGAUUCCCACCACUUCGACGGAUGGGCCGCCGUACCAUUGCCGAUGGCCCGCUCCCGUCCAGCUCUCUUCGGGAAUCCUGGAGUCCUGCGUCCACUGUCGACGGCCUAGGCGACCGCGAGCGCAGCUUCAGCCCUGCCGACAACCACUGGGACACCAUGCUCAUCACCGUCGCCCCGGAUCCCCAUCUCCCAAGCGCCGACUCCUCCUUCACCUCUGCCGCAACAUCGGCCUCGUUCUCCCACCCAAGUUCUCGCUCUGCCAGUUCCAAUUCCAACUCCAAUUCUGCCUCCUCGUCGCGGACCCACCUGACCGUCCCUUCAACCCACUCUCCUGAACAGGUUCUUACUGGCGUCUGCGAGAGCUCUGACGAGGAUUCUGGCGCUUCAGACACUGAGGCUUCUGAAUCUUCCGUGGCACCCGCGCACCUUUCUUCCACCGCUCCUGCCCGUAAUCCUUCUCGUUACUCGCGUCAUGUCCGCGAUCGCUCCAACGAAGCGGUCCGCUUCGUCCGCAACUUCUAUUCCUUCACUUCUUCCCGCGCUGGCCCGCACCCUCAUAACCCUUACCAUCAUCAUCGCCAUCACGAUUCUCUCGCUUUCCAGGGUUCAUCCUCUCUCUCCCCGCCUCCUCUAUUGCCUCCGGUUGUCGACGGCCCCAUUCUCGACGACACCGACUCCGCUCUUCGUGGGCCUGUCCUUGAGCCGAAUCUCGAUCAGCUUCGUGCCAUCCUCCGCGAGCUUAUCGACAGCCCCGACCCCGACGUGCCUGAGGAGCUCUGGGUCUCCGCAGACCUGAGUCUGGAGCGACUGGAACGCCAGCGCGAGAGGCUGAUCCGGGAGAUGUCGCAACGGGAGCGCGAGCGGUUGUGA